AUGGUCGUUCCAGCCACCGCUGGCUCGCGAAAGCCUGGCGUGAUCCACGAGAGAGUGACUAGAGGAGGCCGCAAGCUAUUCUAUCACCUGGACGUCAUUCAACAGCCCGAGCGUGCUCGUGCAUGCGGAUCUGGACCCAAAUCCUCUGCCGACCGUCGACCUGUUGACCCGCCGCCCGUCGUAGAGCUUCGUAUCUUCGAGGGUGCAACCAUCGAUCAGGCCAAGGACAUUACAUUUCUGUACAAUGCUAACUUCUUCCUGUUCGCAACGCUUGAGCACUCGCGGCAAAUCGCUCACGGAAGGGUUCAGACCCCAUCAGCUAACACACCACCCAUCUUGACGGGCAUGCCCGUCUCUGGUAUGGCAUAUCUGGAUCGACCUCAAGAGGCUGGCUACUUCCUGUUCCCGGAUCUUUCUGUUCGUCAUGAGGGCAGGUACCGAUUGAGCUUCAAUCUGUAUGAAGAGACAAAAGAGGACAAGGAUAAGGACAUCGAGCGCUCCCUUGACGGAAAAUCGCCCAUGACCGAUUCCAUGCACCCGGAGCAGGCUUCAUUUGACUGGAGGAUGGAGGUUAAGUCGGACGACUUCAACGUCUACAGCGCCAAGAAGUUCCCUGGUCUGACUGAGAGCACUGCCCUAAGCCGGACAGUCGCCGAGCAAGGAUGCCGAGUCCGAAUUCGUCGCGAUGUUCGCAUGAGACGCCGUGAUGGAAAACCUGCUGAUAACUACGAUAAUGCCGAGGAGGAGUACGCAAGGCGGCGCCGAACCGAGACUCCCGACGAGAUUCGUGCUCGUUCCUUGAGCAAUGCUAGCGUUGACAGGCAGCCUUUCAUGCCUGAACCACAACGACGACCCUCGGGCGUCGACUUUGCUCCUCCGCCACCCGGAUUCGCUUCUGCCGACCCGUCUGUGAACAGACAUCUCACCUUCGGCAGCCAGCCAAAUGCACAGUAUCAGCCUCAGCAGCCGUCUUCAGUGCCGCCAUCACCAUCUUACGGCCCUCAAGGCACUCCCUAUUCUCACCCGGCCCCGUAUCCCCCGGCGCAAUCCCCCAGUUACCCGUACUCUGAGAGACCGCCGUCUCAACACUAUUCUGCGCCGAACCCAUCGCCGCAGCGCGAGACUUACCCGGUCGAUUACAGACGUCACUCGACGAGCAACUACCCGCCACCUCCACCAAGCGUGUCAUCAGAGAAUGAAUACAAGAUGGCACCAACUCCGCAAGCACAGCCUCCCCCAUCACAAGCCCCCGCUCAGAGGCUUUCUCUGCCAUCUCUCCAGUCUCUGACCUCUGGCCUUGAUGCGUCGUCUGGAUUUACUCUGCCAAGCCCAACUGAGAGAUCAUCUUCGAUGUCCCUUCCCUUCCCACAAAUAUCUGGUACUCAGCUCCCGCCUUUCAAUCCAGCCGAUUUCAGGCCUGCAAUGAAGCGUUCCAUUGACCAGGCCUUCCCUGGUCGGGACGACACUCUGCGAUACCAGGACCAUCGCCGCCAGGACGACUACAACCGUGGAGCCUACUUCGACACUGCGUUUCAAUACAGGCGUGCCAAUGGCGAGAUCAUUCAUCUGCCUCCUGUGCUGUAA